CCCCUCCCGCCAGCCCGGCCGGGUCUCCGUGCGGGCAGGAAGGAUAGGCAGCCACGGCAGGGCCUUGCGAAACCGCUGGGGGGGGGACACCUCAGGGCUCACCAGGGUUCAGCCCAGCCCACAAGCCAUCCCGGGGUGACAGUAGGACACUGGAAAGUUGCAGGUCCCUGGUCCCUCAGAGAGGCUGGUGGCUCCUGGAGGUGACUCCGCUGCUGCAGGAGUAACCCCGUAGGGAACACGCUGUUCUGCCGCUACCGUCAUUGCUCUGCAAUGCUGGAAAGGUGGCUCAGCCGCGUCCUCACCCUCAUACACAUCAGAGACCUUGAGGCACCUCCUGCUCCCCCCCUCCUGCACCGCUUAUAUUUCGCUGUUGUUUGGUCUCCGCUUACCUAGCUGGGUCCCCCAGGAAUCAAGUGGGCUCUGUACCCCCCCCCUCACUGUGGCUUCACCGCGGCGCGGGGGCAGCGCGGAGCCGCGGCGUUCUCGGUGGCAGCGCAGGUGUCAGGAGCCGCGUGCGGUCGAUGGCGACGCCGGGAGCCGCCGGGGGGUGACCGCCUCCUUCCUGCGCUGGCGGCGAGGCGAGCGCGGGGCCGCAGCUGCGGCAGCAGCGCCAUGUGCCAGCGCCGCCGCGAGGGACCGGGGAGCCGGCAGCUGCCACCCCCGCGGGGGCUGCGGGCACGGCGGGCGGGGAGCACCCCAAGGAUGGGGGCUUUGGGCUUUGCAGGUGCCGGGGCUGAGGGUGGUCGCAGUGCGGCUUUUGGUGGGAUUUGGGGUGCAGCGUGUCCCCAUCAGUCAGGAUGGCUGUGGGCAGGCUCCAGCAGCGGAGUUGGAGGCACGGGGGGGUAGAGGAAGGGCCCCCGCAGGCCAGGUGCUGUGGGGGGGCUGUCUCCCCCCGGGGACAUCCGGGUGGCAGCCCACUGUGGCGGGCUGUGUGACGCCAGAAGCGGAGGCGAGCCUCAUAUUUGGGCACGGAGCAGGUUAUUGGAGGCCGCGGCCCCGCAGCCGGGAGAUGAGGCCCUGAUAAAGGGUGCCCUGGUGCUGCUGCUGCCUCCGUUGGCUCGGGCGCUGCCGAGACAUCCCCUGGCUGCGCGGGGCUCGGCGCCGGGGCCAUGGGGCCGAUGGCGGCGCUGGGGCUGCUGGUGUGCGCGCAGCUGUGUGCGGGCUCCGGGGAGCUGCGUCUGGUGGGCGGCGGCGGGCGCUGUGCCGGGCGCGUGGAGGUGAAGCACGGCGGGGAGUGGGGCUCCGUCUGCGUCUUCGACUUCGACUGGGAAGCCCAUUGGGCCAUCGUGGUGUGCCGGCAGCUGGGCUGUGGCCGGGUGGCCAAGGCGUCCACGUACGCCCCGUUCGGGCAGGGCACCGGGCGCAUCUGGCUCCAGCCCGUGUGCCGCGGCACCGAGGAGGCGCUGGAGAAGUGUCCGCACUUCGGGUGGGGACAGCACUUCUGCGGCCACGAGUCGGAUGCGGGGGUGACCUGCAGAGAUGCCGUGGAGCUGAGGCUGGCGGGCGGCGGCAGUCCCUGCGCCGGGAGGGUGGAAGUGAAGCUUCGGGGACGCUGGGGCUCGGUGGCAGAUGACUUCUGGGACAUGGAGGACGCCGAGGUGGUGUGCCAGCAUCUGGGCUGUGGCUCGGCUGCCGGUGCCUACUCUGCCCUGGAGUGCUUUGGUGCAGGGGAUGGGCCCGUCAGUCUGGCCGAUGUGGACUGCAAAGGAAAUGAGUCCACUCUCUGGGACUGCGAGAUCCGUGGCUGGGGGCCCUAUGGCAGCCUCCAUAACUUCGACACUGCUGUUACUUGCCAAGGAUUUUCCCGGCUGGUCGGAGGUGAUGGAGCGUGUGCCGGGCGGCUGGAGGUACGUCAGGGCCGGGCCUGGGUGGGUGUCUGCGAGGAUCAGGUGGACAUGAAGGUGGCGCAGGUGGUUUGCCGGGAGCUGGGCUGUGGAGCGGCGCUCUCCAUCCCCGGCAGCGAGCGAUUUGGGGCAGGAUCGGGGCCGCUCUGGGACGGAGGCUUGCAGUGCAAUGGCACCGAGCCCCUCCUCAGCGCCUGUGCCCGGCAUCGGCCCCACAGCCAGGGCUGCAGCACCGGCCCUGCCAGCGUCAUCUGCUCCCGUAAGUGCCGGGGACACCGGGGGCUGUUGGGCUCCCUGCGCCAUCGCCCCCCUCAACGCCCUUUCUGCCACAGCCUACACGGGCUUCCGGCUGGGCAACAGCAGCUCGGGAUGCACCGGGCGGGUGGAGGUGGCAGUGAGGGGGACGUGGGGCUCCGUGUGCGCCAGCGAGUGGGAGCUGGCCGAUGCGCACGUCCUGUGCCGCCACCUGGGCUGCGGCCGCGCCUUCACCGUGCCCCCGGGAGGCUCCUUUGGCAGCGGGGACGGGCCACUGCGGCCGGACGCCUUCGGCUGCAGCGGGAGCGAGCGGCACCCGGGCGAGUGCCCCGUGGCCGUGCUGGGGAAGCCCCCCGUGCCCCCGGAAACGCCGCUGCCGUCCUGCUCAGGUGUGUACGGCACCUGCGGGAGGUGCAUGAAGGGCUUUUUGGCCCCCCCAAGAAUUGGGAGCAGAGGAUGCAGGGAUGUUUUGGAGUGAAGCAUGGUCUGAGCCAGGUGCCACAGCCCCAUGCUUCUGCUGGUGAUUUUGCAGGUGUUGGUGGCUACGUCGAGUCCCUGCGGCUGGUGGAGGGUCAGAACUUGUGCGAUGGGCGGCUGGAGGAGACCAUAACCAGCCCGGCAUGGCGCCGUGUGCCUGUGGAGCAGUGGAAGUCAUGGGAUGUCCACAUGGUUUGCGCAGUGCUGGGCUGUGGCGUUCCCAAGGACGUUAACACCUCCUUGGGUACGGCCACUGUCGUGAGCAGCAGCCCCAGCGAGAUGGACAUCAUGACUGAAGAGAUGGACAUUUUGGAUGUGGGUUCUGCGCUGACCAGCAGCCGCCAUGAGAAGAUGGAUGAUGUAGUGGAGAACAUGGACGAUGUCUCAGGGAUGGGCCCUGCACCAACCAGCAGCCCUGAGGGGAUGGUCAUCGUCUGCUCAGGCAGCCGGCGGGUGAGGCUGGUGGGGAGCUCUGGGCGCUGCGCCGGGCGUGUGGAGGUCUAUUCCGGUGGCACGUGGAGCGCCGUCUGCCAGGAAGGCUGGGAGCUGCGGGACGCCGCCGUUGUCUGCCGGGAGCUGGGCUGUGGCAUGGCGCUGGAGGCACCGAGGUCGGCGCGCUUCGGUGCCGGCCCGGGGCCUCUGUGGCCGUACAUCCCUGCCUGCUCCGGGAGUGAGGAGUCUCUCUGGGAAUGCGGGCGUUCGGAAGGGCGCGAGUGCGGGCGUGGCGGCGGGGCAGGGGCCGUCUGCUCAGAGCAGCUCUCCGUGCGGCUGGCGGGCGGCCGCGGGCGCUGCCGCGGGUUCCUGGAGGUGUCCCACAACGGCACCUGGGGCCGCGUGUGCGCCAACGGCACCAGCCCCGGCACCGCCAACACCGUCUGCCAACAGCUGGGCUGUGGGCCCCGGGGCUGGCUGUCGGCCGUCCCCGCCCAGCAGCCGGCCCCCGCCUGGCUGGCCUGGGUGGGCUGUGAGGACGGGGCCCGCUCGCUCUGGGGGUGCCCCUCGGCACCCUGGAAUCUGCAGAGCUGCGGCCCAGGCGGGGACGCCCACGUGACUUGUGAUGGGGACAGUGAUGGCAUCGCUGAGACGGACACUACCCCGCAUCCCGACGGUGCCACGAGCACAGGUGUCCGUGGCAGCAGAGCCGCAGCGGUGACCGCGGGGACUGUGCCUGUGCCAACUGUCUUGUGCGUGGUGCUGGGGACGCUGCUGUGCGUGGCCCUGGGCGCCCUGGCCGUGCUGCUGUGCCGUGCCCGCGCCUGGCGCCGAGGCCCUGGCAGAGCUGCAGAUGCCGUCUCCAACCCUGUCUACGAGGAGCUGGACUACACCGCGAUGCCGGAGUACCAGGAGGUGCCCAGUCGCCCGGGUUCCCUGUCAGAGGGGUCGGUGAAGAAGCUGCCCUAUUACACCGGCGACAGCGUGGAGGGGAGUGACACCGAGGCAAGCCCAGAGCCCCCUGCCUGCCCCGAGCACGGAACCCCGGAUGGCUACGACGAUGCCCUGGGUGUGCCACAGGAGCCCCCUGCUCCCAGCACUGGGGACAUCUCCGAGGGCGUGGCACAGAGGAGGUGGAUCUGUGUCCUCCCCACAGGUGGGAUCUACUCCCCUCCGAGUGCCCCAGGAGCCACCAGGACCCCCUCGGAACAGCCGCCGGUGCACACAGACUAUGAUGAUGCUCCGCAGCGGGCAGGCGGGAUGCCGCAGCUGCUGGCAGAGCUGCAGGAUGCCGUGGGCUCCCAGCUCGUUGUCCCUCAGGUCCAGGCAGGUGAGACGGGGCCCCUGCAGCAGCCACGCGGCCAGGGCUGGGCACAGCAGGCGCCCGACAGCCGGCAGCUGCCCAGCCUGUGGGGCCGAGGGAAACAGGGAAGGAGCGCUUUGGCCUCGGCUCGCAGCCACCCAGCCGCACACCGCCCUCCGCUUCGGGUGCCCGCACCCACCGGCCCCGCUUUGGGCUCCGUGCCGUGCGUGCGUCUCUCAGCGGAGCAGGUCCGGGCCAGUGCCCGGUGCCGCAGUGCCCGGCAGCGCGGAGGGACGGGGCAGGGCAGCUCCUCCGUGCCGCCGCCGCGCAGCGAGGGACCGCGGGACGUUCUGCUGAGGAAGGGCCCCCGCAGGCCAGGUGCUGUGGGGGGGCUGUCUCCCCCCGGGGACAUCCGGGUGGCAGCCCACUGUGGCGGGCUGUGUGACGCCAGAAGCGGAGGCGAGCCUCAUAUUUGGGCACGGAGCAGGUUAUUGGAGGCCGCGGCCCCGCAGCCGGGAGAUGAGGCCCUGAUAAAGGGUGCCCUGGUGCUGCUGCUGCCUCCGUUGGCUCGGGCGCUGCCGAGACAUCCCCUGGCUGCGCGGGGCUCGGCGCCGGGGCCAUGGGGCCGAUGGCGGCGCUGGGGCUGCUGGUGUGCGCGCAGCUGUGUGCGGGUGAGCGCCGGGCGGCGGGAGCGGGGCCCGCGGCGGUGGCGGGCCCGGCUCAGCAGCCUCCGUGCCGCAGGCUCCGGGGAGCUGCGUCUGGUGGGCGGCGGCGGGCGCUGUGCCGGGCGCGUGGAGGUGAAGCACGGCGGGGAGUGGGGCUCCGUCUGCGUCUACGACUUCGACUGGGAAGCCCAUUGGGCCAUCGUGGUGUGCCGGCAGCUGGGCUGUGGCCGGGUGGCCAAGGCGUCCACGUACGCCCCGUUCGGGCAGGGCACCGGGCGCAUCUGGCUCCAGCCCUUCUUCUGCCGCGGCACCGAGGAGGCGCUGGAGGACUGUCCGCACUUCGGGUGGGGCCAGCACUUCUGCGGCCACGAGUCGGAUGUGGGGGUGACCUGCAGAGAUGCCGUGGAGCUGAGGCUGGCGGGCGGCGGCAGUCCCUGCGCCGGGAGGGUGGAAGUGAAGCUUCGGGGACGCUGGGGCUCGGUGGCAGAUGACUUCUGGGACAUGGAGGACGCCGAGGUGGUGUGCCAGCAUCUGGGCUGUGGCUCGGCUGCCGGUGCCUACUCUGCCCUGGAGCGCUUUGGUGCAGGGGAUGGGCCCGUCAGUCUGGCCGAUGUGGACUGCAAAGGAAAUGAGUCCACUCUCUGGGACUGCGGGAUCCGUGGCUGGGGUCCCUAUUAUUUCGACCAUGAUUGGGACACUGCUGUUACUUGCCAAGGAUUUUCCCGGCUGGUCGGAGGUGAUGGAGCGUGUGCCGGGCGGCUGGAGGUACGUCAGGGCCGGGCCUGGGUGGGUGUCUGCGAGGAUCAGGUGGACAUGAAGGUGGCGCAGGUGGUUUGCCGGGAGCUGGGCUGUGGAGCGGCGCUCUCCAUCCCCGGCAGCGAGCGAUUUGGGGCAGGAUCGGGGCCGCUCUGGGACGGGGGCUUGCAGUGCAAUGGCACCGAGCCUGUCCUCAGCGCCUGUGCCCGGCAUCGGCCCCACAGCCAGGGCUGCAGCACCGGCCCUGCCAGCGUCAUCUGCUCCCGUAAGUGCCGGGGACACCGGGGGCUGUUGGGCUCCCUGCGCCAUCGCCCCCCUCAACGCCCUUUCUGCCACAGCCUACACGGGCUUCCGGCUGGGCAACAGCAGCUCGGGAUGCACCGGGCGGGUGGAGGUGGCAGUGAGGGGGACGUGGGGCUCCGUGUGCGCCAGCGAGUGGGAGCUGGCCGAUGCGCACGUCCUGUGCCGCCACCUGGGCUGCGGCCGCGCCUUCACCGUGCCCCCGGGAGGCUCCUUUGGCAGCGGGGACGGGCCACUGCGGCCGGACGCCUUCGGCUGCAGCGGGAGCGAGCGGCACCCGGGCGAGUGCCCCGUGGCCGUGCUGGGGAAGCCCCCCUGUGCCGCCGGAAACACCGCUGCCGUCAACUGCUCAGGUGUGUACGGCACCUGCGGGAGGUGCAUGAAGGGCUUUUUGGCCCCCCCAAGAAUUGGGAGCAGAGGAUGCAGGGAUGUUUUGGAGUGAAGCAUGGUCUGAGCCAGGUGCCACAGCCCCAUGCUUCUGCUGGUGAUUUUGCAGGUGUUGGGGGCUUCGUCGAGUCCCUGCGGCUGGUGGAGGGUCAGAACUUGUGCGAUGGGCGGCUGGAGGAGACCAUAACCAGCCCGGCAUGGCGCCGUGUGCCUGUGGAGCAGUGGAAGUCAUGGGAUGUCCACAUGGUUUGCGCAGUGCUGGGCUGUGGCGUUCCCAAGGACGUUAACACCUCCUUGGGUACGGCCACUGUCGUGAGCAGCAGCCCCAGCGAGAUGGACAUCAUGACUGAAGAGAUGGACAUUUUGGACGUGGGUUCUGCGCUGACCAGCAGCCGCCAUGAGAAGAUGGAUGAUGUAGUGGAGAACAUGGACGAUGUCUCAGGGAUGGGCCCUGCACCAACCAGCAGCCCUGAGGGGAUGGUCAUCGUCUGCUCAGGCAGCCGGCGGGUGAGGCUGGUGGGGAGUUCUGGGCGCUGCGCCGGGCGCGUGGAGGUCUAUUCCGGUGGCACGUGGAGCGCCGUCUGCCAGGAAGGCUGGGAGCUGCGGGACGCCGCCGUUGUCUGCCGGGAGCUGGGCUGUGGCACGGCGCUGGAGGCACCGAGCUCGGCGCGCUUCGGUGCCGGCCCGGGGCCGCUGUGGCCGUACAUCCCUGCCUGCUCCGGGAGCGAGGAGUCUCUCUGGGAAUGCGGGCGUUCGGAAGGGCGCGAGUGCGGGCGUGGCGGCGGGGCAGGGGCCGUCUGCUCAGAGCAGCUCUCCGUGCGGCUGGCGGGCGGCCGCGGGCGCUGCCGCGGGUUCCUGGAGGUGUCCCACAACGGCACCUGGGGCCGCGUGUGCGCCGACGGCACCAGCCCCGGCACCGCCAACACCGUCUGCCAACAGCUGGGCUGUGGGCCCCGGGGCUGGCUGUCGGCCGUCCCCGCCCAGCAGCCGGCCCCCGCCUGGCUGGCCUGGGUGGGCUGUGAGGACGGGGCCCGCUCGCUCUGGGGGUGCCCCUCGGCACCCUGGAAUCUGCAGAGCUGCGGCCCAGGCGGGGACGCCCACGUGGCUUGUGAUGGGGACAGUGAUGGCAUCGCUGAGACGGACACUACCCCGCAUCCCGACGGUGCCACGAGCACAGGUGUCCGUGGCAGCACAGCCGCAGCGGUGACCGCGGGGACUGUGCCUGUGCCAACUGUCCUGUGCGUGGUGCUGGGGACGCUGCUGUGCGUGGCCCUGGGCGCCCUGGCCGUGCUGCUGUGCCGUGCCCGCGCCUGGCGCCGAGGCCCUGGCAGAGCUGCAGAUGCCGUCUCCAACGCUGUCUACGAGGAGCUGGACUACACCGCGAUGCCGGAGUACCAGGAGGUGCCCAGUCGCCCGGGUUCCCUGUCAGAGGGGUCGGUGAAGAAGCUGCCCUAUUACACCGGCGACAGCGUGGAGGGGAGUGACACCGAGGCAAGCCCAGAGCCCCCUGCCCGGCCUGAGCACGGAACCCCGGAUGGCUACGACGAUGCCCUGGGUGUGCCACAGGAGCCCCCUGCUCCCAGCACUGGGGACAUCUCCGAGGGCGUGGCACAGAGGAGGUGGAUCUGUGUCCUCCCCACAGGUGGGAUCUACUCCCCUCCGAGUGCCCCAGGAGCCACCAGGACCCCCUCGGAACAGCCGCCGGUGCACACAGACUAUGAUGAUGUCGGCAGCAGCGCCCUGGGGCCGUCGCCAUGAGGAUGCCGCAGCCCUGGGGACACGUGUGUGGCGCUGUGCUGGGGCCCUGUCCCCAGGAAGGGGUGGCCCUGCCCACAGAGGUCACCCCUCCCUGUGCAGCAGUGCAGGAAAACAGCUCCUGUGUAGGGAUUUUCUUGGCUUUCUGUCUGAAUUUCCCUUUUUCUCUUAUUAAAGACUCUCGUGGUUUGACACUGGCCCGACGCCAGGCA